AUGCUAGACUUUAUGAACAUUCCUGGUAGGCGCCUUCCAGAGCUUCAUGCGCUUGCAUUGGAGUAUUACAAACCUCUGAAAAGCCACAAUUCAUGGGCCUGCGUACAUUAUCAUUUCAUCACUAGUUCCUUCUGCCACAUUGGAAACAGAAUGGUCAGGACACUGGAAACAUUUCGGAAAUCACGGGUUCGGUUUGCCCCUGGAAGCGGAAAACUCCCCACUGGUAGGGGUUUGUUGUCCCCAAAGAUCAUGGAGCCCGUUCCGACAGAGUCAACAAAAAUGGAUUAA